AUGUCUAAAACAAUCGGGCCUGAGGUUACACGAAUUUUGUUUGUGAAAAACUUAUCGUUUAAGGUCACUCGAGACGAUAUGUACGAGUUGUUUGGUCGCUUUGGACAAAUUCGUCAAAUUCGUCUGGGCAAUGCAGUCAACACCAAAGGUACAGCUUUGGUCGUCUACGAUACGGUGGCCGACGCCAAACUGGCCUGUGAUAAACUCUCUGGUUACAACUUUAUGGACCGCUAUUUGGUUGUUCACUACUGGAGUCCAGAGAAACAAAAAGCCGACGGUCAGGAUUUGGCAGCACGAUAUGCAGCUUUAGAAGAGGCAAAACGAAAAUACGGCAUCCAUUAA